CUACUGAAAUGCGGCCCCCAGCUGCUGCCAUGUGAACUGGCAGUCGGCAUCGUCCAGGUGGGCGUUGAAGCCCUUGACCACCGCCCCAUCCGCCAGCCCCCACUUGGCCGCCUCGUCCAUCCUGGCCCGAUGAACCACCUCACGCAGGCCCACACGACCGCGUGUGUGCACGGCCUCACGCGGACGGCUGUCGACACCCUCGAGCUCGAAGCACUGCAGCUGCGGGCGCCUCGCCGGCUGCCCCUCGCUGUCCCGCUUCCUGCCGCCACAGCCCACCACCUCCUCGUUGCCCACCACCUGCAGCGACGCGGCGGCCUCCACGAAUCGCGCCAUGGCGGUGUUGAUGCGGCGGCCGACCUCUGUCGCAUUCUGCACGGGCCGGGGGCGCUGCUUGAGCACCGAUGGGUCGACGAAGAAUGACGCCACGCGCCACGCCACAGCCGACAUGUCCCGGUUGGCCAGGGGAGUCUCGUCGUCCUGCCAGGGGGCCAACGGGGUGACGUGUAGGGGCAGGGGGGGAGGGGGCAGGGAGGGGAGGGAUGGGUCGAAUGAGGGGAAGGCGGCCUUGAGCUGCUGGGCGGUGCCGUUGUGGAAUGCUUUGGUCAGCGCGUCAGCCAUCUUGCGCUGAGGUCGCAAUGCGGCGUUGACGGCCGCCAUCACAGCAGUGGGCAGCUCGUUGAGCACCGUCGCAUAUUCCGUCAGCACCAGCUGAUGGCCACGACGGUCCCUCUCUGUGGCUGUGGGGAUGCUGCUGAUGUCGGCCCCCGCUCGCAGCAGCGAAUGGAUGAUCCGCUUGUAGUUGUCAAUUUCGGUGCGCAUCUCCUCCUUGUCGGCGUCGGGCGUGUCCGGGUCCUGAAGCUCUUGAGUGCAGCGAUCGAGCUGUCUGGCAGCGAUGGCGAGGGGCGUCUUGCCGGCGACUGUCCGUCUGUUGAUCUGGUCAGCGGGCAGCUUGCGGCAGAGGUAGUCGGCCACCUUGGGGGAGCCCUGCAAAGCCGCCCGGUGCAGUGGCGUCCAUCCGUUGCCGUCGGCUGCCGCGAUGUCUGCCCCGUUCGCCGUGAUGAGGUCGAGGUAACUAUCAAUGAAGGACUGGGGAUAACGCCCUUCCGCCCACAAGGCUGCUCUGUGCACCAGGUUGCCGCCCUGCUCGUCUCGUUCGGUAGCGAGGGUGGGGUCUCGUGUGAUGAGUUGCCGAUACAUCGACAUGAGCAGCUGCAGAUACUCAGAUGAGGGCUGACGCAGCAGACGGGGCAGGCCCCACACGUGCAGGUCGAUGUCUUGACGCGCCGUCAGGAUGUCGAAGGCCGUCUUGUUGCCGCAUGCAAUCGCCGAUUGGAGGGGCCUCUGUUCGGUCUCGUCGGCUGCCGCAUUGGGGUUGGCGCCUCCGUCGAGGAGUGCGGUCAGGACGGCCGCCUGCAGCUCGUCAGACGGCCACUUUGGCAGGGCGACGGGACGGCAAGCGUGACUGUCUUCUGCUUCGAUGGUCGGGACGGUGUAGUCUGACUUGUUGUCAAUGGCGAGAGACAGGAGUGGGUAGCCGUAGACCACACCACUGCUCUCCCUCCUGGCCACCAGCCCAGUCAUGACAUUCGAGUCGGCGUCCUGCUGUCGGAUUAGGUCGGCCACUUCUCGUGCGCUGGUGAGGCGGCCGAUGAUCCACCGUGACAGCUCCCUGGAAGCGUCGUUGGUGCCCUGGGAAUCGAGCCUCCAGCUCAUCGAGUCCGAAAUGGCUGUCAGGUACAGGAACAGCUGGAUCCACCAGGCCAUUGAGGGGAUGACCUGCAACACACACAGCCACCACACCACGGACAGUGAUUGUGCGCACAGGAUCCUCUCUGUCUGCCUGGCGUACCUUCCUCCUCAUAUUCCCAGUCGUCGUCCGAGUCUCUGUCAUCGAUAUCUUCUCCCUGGUCGCCAUCGCCAUCCUCCUCCUGCAUGCCACCCUGACACACAACAAAGAGGCGGGGGGCGGGAAAUGACUCAAGGGCCUCCAUCGCAUGGACUAGUGUUGGUGUUGAUGAGCGCCUCACCGAUUCGUCUCCAUCUUCCGCCUGCGGACCAUCACCACCGUCGGCCAUCUCAUCGGCCAUCGCGCCCUCCUGUUGCUGCUGGCCGCCUGGACACCAACACACACCUGGCGUGAGUGUGCUGCUGGUGUGUGUGCGUCGAAUGGUCCGUGUGGCACGUCUGAUCACUCACCGCUGUCUGCGCCGUCGAGGUCUAGUUCCUCCGGCUGCCCACUGCCGCUAUGCUCCUCCUCAGCUACAUUGCCUGCACACGCCAUCGAAGACACACACACGUGUGGCGCUGAUGCUGUGUGUUUGAUGUGUCACAUUCAUCUGUUUGUGGCGUACCCGCAUCGCCACCGUCACUGUCCGCCAUGGCAGCGGAGGCCACGUGGGUGUCGUGACCCUCAGACAU